AUGCGUUUCUCCAUCGUCGCCGCUUCUCUCAUCGCAGCUGUCGCUGCUCAGUACCCCUCUGCUUCUGAGGAGGUCUGCUCUGCUGCCGUCACUGUCACCGUCACCGAGACUCUGGCACACACACCCGUCGCCCCCUCCAUGUCCAGCGCCUACUACCCCACCACCACCCCUAUGGCCGCUACCCCCUCAUCCCCCGCCCCCGUCAUGGGCGGCACCGGCGUUCCCAUGGUUCCCGAUGCGUCUUCCGUCGGCACCAUGCCCGUCGCUUCCGGCACUGCUGCCCCCAGCGGCAGCGGAACCGGUGCUCCUUACCCCGAGUUCACUGGCGCUGCUUCCGGCCUCAAGGUCGGCGGUGCGCUUGCCGGUGUUGGUGCCGUUGCUGCUCUCUUCUUGUAG